AUGCCCGCCCCUGUCGCUGCCUACCCGGCCAAGAUGGCAUGCUGUCUCCAGCUCCACCUUCUUCGCCGCCCGGUCCCUGCUCGGGUCCUCCUCCUCCUCUCGACCCCGCGCCUGCGCCUGCGCCCCGUCCGAGCGUCUCCCGGUCCCGGCUCGUCCCCGCCCAACUCCUUCGCUGGCUGGUCCUCCGAUAGCGCCGAUGACGGCGGCGACAGAUCUACUCUAGGGUUCGGGCCAGCAGGAGGGCUUCUAGGACCUGGACUUGCUGCCUUUUUCUUCCUCGCCGGCCUUACCUUUGCUGCCGUCUCCAUCAGAAGCAGUGGCAACCACGCAGCUGCAAAAAUGCAAAACUUGCCUACAGAGACGGCUGCCACGGAAUCUUACUCUGAUUAUCACUCCCACAAAGAGGAUGACGCUAUCAGGGAAGAAAAUGCCCAAGCUUCCUUACCAACGGAUUGGGAGGAAAACAAUGACAACCUUGAUGAAACAAAAGGUACAGAUGAAUUCCUGAUGCCUCUACUGUCAAACGAGGAGGUUCCUGGGGUGCCAGCUGAACAUGAAGUGGGGCACCCAUUGCAGAACACUGAGCCUGUUACUAACGGUAACCAUGUUGUCGGUGAAGAAGCGCAUCAGUUUGACAAUCUCAUUGCAUCCGAUGGUAAUCAAAAUCCAGCAUCACCUCCUUCUCUGCCCAUCUCAUCUGAAUAUGCUCAGGUUUCUUUUGCACCAUCUAGCACACUUGAUGCUGCAGACCCCUCAGAGGGAAUUCCUAAUGUAGAAGAAACAUCAGAUCUCAAAAUGGCUUUGCUAGAAAACGAGCAUUUGGAUGAAACUUUAACUUCAGAUGCAAUGGUGCUAGAUUCAGAUGGUGUUGUGCCCAUCCAAGACAUCUCUGACAGUGCCGUUGCUGCUGCAUUUCACCCAGAAGACAAAGGUAUCGAGCAGAACCCACAAACUCAUGACAAAGUUGAACUUUCUCCGUCCGAAUUGCCUGAUUAUAUGGAACAUGUAAGUGCCGAUGAGAUGCAUCCACUUGGAUCAAAUGAGUUAUCUAUGGCUAUGGGGACCAGUGAGCCAGGAGAUGGGGAGGAAACUAUAGUAGAAGAUCUGUAUAAAAGAGAAAGUGAAUUAGAAAAGCAAAACAAACCAUUCGAGUCCACACCACCUGACCAAUAUUUUUCUUCUCCUGGAAUUCCUGCCCCCUCUAUAGUAUCCACUGCUUCACAGGUGCCCGUGGGGCAGAUUGUGGUUCCAGCUUCUGUUGACCCAACCCAGGAAAAUGCUAUAGCUGCACUGCAAAUUCUAAAGGUGAUCGAACCCAGUGCUCAAGCUGGUGACUUGUGUACCCGGCGUGAGUAUGCUCGAUGGUUGGUAGUCGCGAGCAAUUGCCUUUCAAGGAACACUUUCUCGAAAGUGUAUCCAGCAAUGUAUAUUGAUAAUGUCACUGAACUUGCAUUUGAUGAUAUCACACCUGAAGAUCCUGAUUUCCCCUUCAUACAAGGCCUAGCAGAAGCUGGAUUGAUUUCUAGCAAGCUUUCAAGCUCUGAUAUGAAUAUCCCAGAAGAUGUUCAUGACAAUCAUAUCUUGUUUUCCCCUGAGAGUCCUUUGUCACGUCAAGACCUUGUGAGUUGGAAAAUGGCCCUGGAUAAGAGGCGACUGCCUGAAGUUGACAGAAAUUGUUUGUUCAAAGUAUCUGGCUAUAUAGACAUCGAUAAGAUAAACACAGCUGCCUGGCCAGCUUUGGCCGCUGACUUGGGUGCUGCAGACCAGAGCAUUACAGCUCUUUCCUUCGGUUUCACAAGACUUUUCCAACCGAACAAACCUGUGACGAAGGGACAAGCUGCCCUAGCAAUUUCAACUGGUGAUUCUGGUGAAGUGGUUCUGGAGGAGGUUGCUCGUAUUGAGGCAGAGAAAAUAGCUGAAGCAGCUGUAAAUGCACAUGGUGCAUUGGUUGCUCAGGUUGAGAAAGAUCUUAAUGCAAGGUUUGAAAGGGAGCUUAAGGAGGAAAGAGGAAAGGUAGAGACCCUUGAAAAACUAGUUGAAGAAGCUAGGAUGGGGCUGGAUAGGUUGAGGGCAGAAAGAGAGGAAGAGAAGAACAUUCUGCUCAGGGGCAGAGCUGCUGUUGAAUCUGAAAUGGAAGUUCUGUUGAAGUUGAGGAGUGAAGUAGAGGAACAGCUGCAGAAUGUACUGAGCAAGAAGGUGGAGGUCUCCUUUGAGAAGAGUAGGAUUGAAAAACUCCAAAAGGAAAUUGAGAAUGAUAACUUGGCUGUUGUGCAACUUCAAUAUGAGCUUGAAGUGGAGAGGAAGGCGCUAUCUAUGGCAAGGGCUUGGGCAGAGGAGGAAGCCAAAAAGGCCCGGGAGCAUGCACGGGCCCUUGAGGAGGCCCGGAACCAAUGGGAGCGUCAAGGAAUCAAAGUUGUUGUUGAAGGAGGACUCCAGGAUGACGCUUCAGCAGGAGUCACAUGGGCUAAGGCUGGCAAAGAACAUCCAGUUGAUGAGGCUAUCAACCGGGCAGAAUCUUUGCUGGAGAAGCUAAAGUCAAUGUCUGCUGAGAUGAAAGUGCGGUCUCGUGGUGCGCUGGAGAGAGUGAUGCAACAUGUGAGGUCCUUCAUUGCAAGCCUAAAGCAGCAAGCUGCAGAUGCAAGGCAGUGGUGUACCGAGUUUGGGGCUUCUGCUGCUUCCAAGGCAAACAAGGUAUCAGCAGAAGUGCAGGGCAGUGUAUCUGCGUUUGGUGCAACCCUUGGAGAUAAGUCGAAGAGGGUAAUGGAAGAGUGCAAGGACGGCCUGGGCAGUGUAUCUGCGUUUGGUGCAACCCUUGGAGAUAAGUCGAAGAGGGUAAUGGAAGAGUGCAAGGACGGCCUGGAGAAGUUUUCACACAGAUUCAAGACAUCAGACUAG